UAUCUCGCUUUUCUCCUUGUUUAAUAUCUGUGACAAACACUCUGUUAUCGCAAGUGGUGCCGGUAGUUCAUUAUCUAGAAAAAUUGUUGACGUAUUGUACAUACUUAUGUCUCAAAUUUUAUGAAGUUUUGAAACGUUUUAUUCACUAUGUCCAAUCAGGGACUAGGAAGUUUUCAAACUCGGAAAGAAGCGUGGGAGUCGAUAAUUAAGCUAACGAGAACGAACCUAGAAUGGUUUAUCGAUCUGGGAACAUCCAAAUUUGAAGACAUUCUUCAGUCAGACAGUUUCAUUGAUAAGACAUUGCUGAUAAGAGAUGUUGUAAGGGUUACACAGUGUGUGGAUGUCCUUGUAACUGCCCCUCGAAAAUUCGGCAAAAGUGUAAACGCAGAUAUGAUUCGAUGCUUCUUAUCGAUCGAAGUUGACGAGAAAGGUGAUCCGAUACCGAGAUCGGAAGCGAAAAACUACAAGAUGUUCACCAGCCCAAUACCUAAAUCUACAGGUCGUAAACUACUGAUCGCAGAAGAUGAAGAAUUUGUAGACGAACACCUCGGGCAGUACCCUGUUAUAUUCGUCGAUUUCAAAUGCCCACCAGUACGCACGUUAGAGGAUACAAUUUCAGAAUGUAAACGUGUUAUACAUGAAAGCUUUUGCGAGCAUAAAUAUCUAUGUGAAAGUUCUAAACUUGACCCUGAUGAAAUAUGGUUCUGUAAAAAGUGGUGCUCGAAUACGGAGUAUCAAUCGUUCAAUAAAUCUGAAGUUGUCGUUGGUUUGAAGCUUUUAGCAGAGUUCCUGGCCAAGCAUUUCAGCUCCAAGUGUUUCGUCAUAGUAGACGAAUAUGAUUCCAUCUACACAUCGGCGAUGUUCGAAGUGGAAGAGCCCAUAUUGCGAAGAAUGACAGAGUUUUUCAUAUCUUGUUUGGACUUUGUUGCAAAUGGCAACAAAUUCGUAAAAAGCAAUUUUAUCACCGGUAUUUCUGAGAUGUGUAAGAAGGGCUCGGGCAAACUUAGAAAUAUAGUUUAUGGAAGCUUUCUUCCGAAUGUCGGAUUUGAGCAAUUCUAUGGUUUAACGAAUGAGGAAAUGGUACAUUUGAAAGAACGAAUGUCAAUCUCACAAGAAAAGUUGGCGUCAGUUUGACUUAAAUACAUUGAAAAUAAAUUAUUCUGUUCUCUUAUGGAA